UAGGACAAACCGAUGAGCUAAAUAAACAAACUGAUGUAUAAGUGCUUAGAUGGAUAAAUAAAUGAAUGGUAUUUCAGUGGUGGGAACUAGAUUUGUGGGACUUUUUUUAAUGGAGCGGGUCACUGGGGGGAUAGAGGAACGGGGAGUGUGUGGGUGGUGGCGAUCCCUGAAGGAUGCUCGCGUUUCAGUUGGGGGGCUUGAGAGCGGCUCAUUUAUAGGAAGCAGUAGAGGCUUCUCCUUGGGGAGGCCAGCUUUUUGACUGGGCGCUCCACUUUAUUGAGUCAGAUCAGAGGAGCCGUCAGCCACAGGCGCCCUGUCCGCACCUGGAACGACCAAUGAGAGGUCAAUACACUGAUGCAUACAGGAUAGAUGUCACGGGAGGUAACACAAGAGAAAACCUUUAGAAUUGUUCUUUUGGGGGGGCGUAUUCUAGUGGUCUUGGAUGACCAUCUGGGUCCGAUUUGCUCCAAGUUCUAGCCGUUUCUCUGCAGAAAAACACUUUCCUUGGGUGUGGCAGCUGGAGCAAAAUAAACGCCUUCUGUUCGCAGGCUGCUGAAGUGCAAGUCACAACACAGCUGACAGCAUGCAGCCUUCUGAGUCACAGCCAGGAGCUGGGAGUGUCUCCGGUAGGAGGUAUAAACGUGGCUGCCUUUGUUGUUGUUUUCCUCACGUUUUAAACACAACAGGGGAAAGGACGUGCUUGCUGCAGGCCGGGUAGUGGACCAGAAAUGCACGGGUCGCUAGACGAGUGUGCCUUUCCCGUUUAAAACCACUUUUCUGAGCUAUGAAAGUGCUGCGCUGAUUAUUACAAUAACAUUUAUAUAAACUGAUAUCUGGUGGGGGUGAAAAGGUGCUGGUGGCUGUUUAAGAAAGGUGGAGGAUCCCAUUAGCGUUUAAGCCUCCGCUUACAUUCCUUUUCCACUUGAAGCAUUUGGAUAAACCAUAAGACCCCCCAUGAUUAGGCACUGAUGCUUGUAGCAGCAUGCCAGGAUUUCCUAAUGCUCUCCAGGGAAAGGAGGAUAUCACCGUCCUCCUCCUCACAUUUCAAACAUGGCUCCGUACGAGUCCCAAGUAAUGAAGAAGACGGUUUAAUUUGACUGGCCGCCUUUUCCGUGUGCGACAAGAACGUUAUUUGUCUUUCAGGGAUGAAAACGACUAGGUUGAGUUUCUGGUUUGUGCUGUGGCUUUGGAUGGGAUCUGAGGCACUUUGCAACCACUGUUUAGGUUAUGUAGAGAUUUAUGAUCUGGAUGGGAACAACUUCAAACUGUCUGCUGGAGCAGAAGGCUUAAUCAGUGUGGUCAUGUUGUGGCCGCCUGAUUCUCGGUCAUUUCCAGAGCUCGCUUGUGAGCAGGUACUUAUAAAGAUGCUGCUUUUUCAGAGCUUUUCUCUCGUCUUCCAUGUUGGAAGUCUUUGUUUUCCAGUCAGCUUUGUUUGUGCAGCUGGAAAAGUCAACAGGAUUACUUGGAAACCCCCGCCUCCUGAGACCCUGGAAUAUGCUGGAGACAGACUCGUUGGGUUUUGAAAAGCCUCGCGCGGCCAGUAAGGCGCUGCUGAAGCCAUUUGUUUUAUUUGAAACUUAAAGAGUUUACUCCGCCUCUCAUCUUCAUGAGCCUCCUUAGUCGUUAAGUCUUCUGAAUGACUGACUGACUUUAAAAAUACAACCAGAUGAUGGCAAGCUUUCUCACAUACAGCCACUAAAGUACUUAUGCUGGGAUGGUCGCGUCUUUACAUUUUAAAGGCCGGCAGACGCGAUGACCUUAGCCAACGGUCACAUCACGUGCCGAGUCAUGAUGGAGGCCAGACAGCUUACUUCAAACAGACGAGUUUAGUGGAUGCUGUCAAAGUAAAAGACUUGUAUUUCUUCCAAAGGUUGCACGCAUUAUCCACUAAUGACCUUUGUGUCAUUUUUGAAAAGCGGCUAAAAACAAGCCAGAACCAAACUUUUAACAAGGCACGGCACAACAUUUUAACUUCCACUGUUUCUGUUGUUUUCCUCUCUAAAGUUUCAGAGUAACCCAUCCUGGUUUUAAAAUGGUUUGUAGUUACUACUAAUUUCUUAACUAAUAGAUCUUAAAGUAAUAAAUGGACCCUUUUCUUUCUUUACCAGUCAUCCAUCCAUCCAUUAUCGUACGCUUUCCGGGGUCGGGUCGCGGGGCAGCGGCCUAAGCCGAAAGGCUCAGACUUUCCUCUCCCAGCUACUUGGGCCAGCCACUCUGGGGAAAUCCCAAGGUGUUCCCUGACCAGCCGAGAGACAUUUGGGCCAUUCCCACCUGUACCGGGUCGGCCCGGGCCGGGUAGCGUAGGUUGUUUACAUAUCUGGGUGGCCUGGUAUUUUUCCGGGCCAACCAAGGCUCAUUCUCAGCCCUCUUCUCGAGGGGGUCUGCUUCAGGCCGACCAGGGCCAACACACCCACUGCUGACAGCAAAUUCACACCUUCCAUUAGAGCAAGCCUCUGAUUGGUGGGUAGAAUCAGCCCACAUGGGCUUAAGACAAGGAUGUGUGGAAUCAACUGGGCCAGGCUGGGGCCGACUGGGGCUACCCGGCCCGGGCCGACCCGGUACAGAUGGGAAUGGCCCAAUUGUCCCUUCAGCAUGUCCUGGGUCAUCCCUUGGGUCUCCUUCCAGCUGGCAUGCCUGGAAAACCUCACCAGGGAGGCAUCCAGGAGGCAUUCUGACCAGAUGUCCGAGCCACCUCAACUGACUCCUCUCGAUGUGGAGGAGCAGCGAAUCUACUCCGAGCCCCUCCUGGAUGACAUAGCUUUUCAUCUAUCUCUAAGGGAGAGUCCACCACCCUGCGGAGAAAAAACAUUUUGGCCGCUUGUAUCCGCGAACUCGUUCUUUCGGUCACUACCUGUAGAUGAGGGUAGGAACGUAGAUGGGGCGGUGAAUCGAGAGCUUUGCCUUCUGGCUCAGUUCUCUCUCCACCACAACAGAUCGAGCUGUUUCGUUAAUUUGAGUUUGCUAAAUGAGUUUGAAGUCAGAUAAAUUUCUAUUUUUUAUUGCCAGUUAAUUAUUGAUUGCACUUUUUACUGUGUGACUUGACUCAAGUUCUGUAAAUUAUUGUAAUUUCAGUCGUCGACAAUCCUGAUUACUCUUGGAAACGUUAUUUUUAACAAUCUGCUGAAGUUUUUAGUCGUAGAAGCGGCAAACAAUCCAAAGUUCUCUCCUGGCAUCGUCGCGUCUUCUCAGUGAAGCGGGGGAAUGUGAGUAUAGGUGGAGCUCCUGAAACCGUUGAGACGAAUAAAAAGGCUUAAAACUCGUUUAUUAGACAAGAUCUACCAGAAAGUGGUGGAAAGGUGAAGACCAGUCACAGAUUCACUGUAAGUCAAAUAAAAAUAAACAUUCUUCAAUUCCUAUAAUAAAAAAAAAUCAAUGACACACGAGAUGUCAUCAUAUUCACGAAUGAGAAACCUGAGUUAUCGGGUUUUAUUCUCUCUGAAUCACACCUGCCAGUAAAAAAAAAAAAGAGAACCGUGUUACAAAGUGCAGAUGUAAUUUCUCUCCAUCGACCCACGUCCGUUUGGGUUUGCCUGAGGUUGCUGCUAGACUUCUGUAACACGCACACCCUGUCAAGUUCUGAUUAUGUAUGAGGUCUACAUUUCUUCUUGUGGCAAACACGAUUCUGCAAAUAUCCUCUUUUCAUGCUGUUGAAACCUCGGCACAGUUUAGCCAUACUAGAUCAACUCCUCCUUGCUCUGGCAAUGCCGUUUCACAGAAUUGUGUUGAUCAACUCUAUUUAAAACAUCCAAAACGUUUGUGUGGAGUUGAAACGUUUCAGAGUUUCCAGAGCAGCGAGCUGAUUGCGCAGUAAGUGCUGUAAUGACGUUUUUAAUAGGAGGGUUGUAAGAACAUCCGAAUGUGUGCUAAAUAAAUCUGUCUUGAUGUUCAUUUAAUCGCCUCUUUGGGGUCCCGUCUUUGAUCUGUGCGGUGAAGUUUAACAUAUACGAGGCGAGGAGCGGGCGUUGGGACAGAGAUGAUGUGGCUCUGCAAAUUAGGGAUCAACGUGAGAGGAAAAUAUGCAAAACAGAUCAAAAUGAAAGCAUGAAUAAUUUGGAAACGAGACUUAAGUCGACAGAAAUGGUCCGGAUUGAUCGUAAUACAGUAACUGCACCUCUGGAGUUCCCCCGCCCCCACGCCGUCAGCAUAGGGGUAGAGGUGGGGAAAGGGGGUUAUCGCCCCUCAGGCUAUGUGAUGCCCUUCUUUCUGCUGACCUUUGUUUUUAUUUCUUCUCUGUGUCACUUUCAAAACCUCAAAACAGAAGAAGAGCUGCUGUUCUUACAGCUGCGCAGUCACAGGGACGCCGUGACCGGGGAAGCAGCAGAGCGGUCACAGUGAAACAAAGAGCAUUAAAAGGGUUUUUGCUGCAGACGUAACCCAGAUGACAGACUGCAACCUUCAGAAGAGUCUGUGCCCAAACUGUCAGUGUUUGACGAGCAAAAGGGUAAUCCCUAAUUAUAAGAUGAAUCCCCCACCCCCUGUAUUGGGGACACCCACUCCCCUCGUGUCUUUUAGUUUUAGUGAAGCUCGGAUGUGCAUAAUGGCGGACAAAGACAAUGGGUGUUUGUCAGUCAAGGUAAAUGCCAAACACGACGCAGAAGCACAAGAAGGAACCAUUUAAUGUGCCAGAUAAGGAGGAAGUGUUGUUUUACGUGUGAAAGGAGGCAGGGACGUUGGUAAAAAGUCAUACUUCUCCAUUCAAAGAAGGACGUGACUUCCAUCGGUCUAGUUUAGCUCAUUCCCAACCGUUCUCUGCUGUGUUUUCAAACACACUCUCGUGUUUUAGUUCCCCUCAGCUGAAAGGGAUACAAGCAUGUUUCAUGUUUUGUUCUGCUUUGGCUCAAGUUAGCCUCUUCUAAAUUACACUUCUCCCUAUCAUUUAGUUGAUCUGACCUUUUCGCCUGCUUUACUCCUCCUUUAUGGCCUUAAACAAUCUUCCUCUUGUUUUUUUACAUAUGUGUGCAGUUUCUAUGGAAGGAAAUCAGAGGCAGAGUGUCAGAAUGUCUGUCUACAUCUGUUUCAAACCUGCUUCUUGAGACACCUUGGAUUUUUUUUAUGUUCACACUUAGAGGUGUGACUCCAUUACAGCGCGUUGGUUCUGAAAAAAUGCAGCUGUGGGUAUGGUGACGUUUACUUUGUACGGUUUUAAAGAGGUGGCUGAAUUUUGACCUAAAAGGUGCAUGUGUGUUGUCUUUGUGGCGGCUUUGUCGUCCCUGCGCUCGGCGCUGACUUUCGCUGCAGCGUGUCCUUUAAACAGAGAUAAGAGCGAAGCCGAGAGGUCGACUAAACAAGAGCUGUUCUGGGUUUUUUUUUUUUUUGCAGAACACACAACUGUGGCAUGCCACGGUCAUCUGAACGACCAGAUUACUGUGCAGUCAUGUCACAGCAGCAACGUGAGUCCACCGAUACUGGAAACACGCGCGUGCUUUCCUAGUAACUGCCUGUGACUAAUCAAUAGAAAUGCUGUGAUUAUGUAAAAAGGCACAACACACAGACGCCUGCGGCUCAGUGUUGGAUAACACAACAGGAAGAUGUUGCAGACACACGCUGGUGGAACUACUUUCUCCCACUGUUUUCUAGUUGGACUGUGUGAUUGGAUGGAGCUGUUCAAAGUGACCCGCCCAUCCCUCCAGAGACGUGACUGUGGGACGGGCAGUCUCCCUCGCAGUCCAUUCGCUGUCCUUUCCAUGAAGACAUCUGUUAAUGGCAUAGACGCUUGGCACAACCACACAGCAAAAAUGACUCUUUGCUGUAAAGGCAAUGGGCUGCACCACAAGUAUUCCCAGUACUACAACACAAGUUUGAUCAGAUGCCACUAUUCUAAUUCUAAAAACGUGACCAUUGAAGACCUAAUACAACGCAUCGAGAAGAAGGAACAAUACAGCGGUCUCAAUAUUGUCAUCAUUGUCCUCUGCGUUAUUAUAAUCCUUGAGAAUCUUUUAGUCCUGAUCGCAGUCUGGCGCAACAAGAAGUUCCACUCAGCCAUGUUCUUCUUCAUCGGCAACCUGGCGUUUUCGGACUUGCUGGCUGGUUCUGCCUACAUAGCCAACAUAAUCCUGUCGGGGCCAAUGACUAUUACACUGACCCCUGUGCAGUGGUUCAUCAGAGAAGGCACAGCGUUCAUCGCCCUGGCUGCUUCGGUCUUCAGCUUGUUGGCCAUUGCGAUAGAGCGCUACAUUGCCAUCACCAAGGUUAAGGUGUACGGCUCCACCAAAACGUGUCGCAUGUUCCUCUUGAUAGGAGCUUGUUGGGUCACCUCCGUUCUGAUCGGAGGACUUCCCAUCAUCGGCUGGAGCUGCAUCUGCAACCUCCCCGACUGCUCGGCCGUGCUGCCGCUCUACUCCAAGAAAUACAUUGUCUUUGUUGUCACCAUCUUCACCCUCAUACUGUUUUCUAUCGUCAUCCUCUACGUGAAGAUCUAUUUGAAUGUAAGUUCAAGCCACCGGGAGGCAACUAACUCACAAGCAUACGCACUUUUGAAAACUGUCACAAUAGUGCUGGGUGUCUUCAUCAUGUGCUGGCUGCCUGCCUUCACCAUCCUCCUCCUGGAUUCAUCCUGCAGCAUGCAGCAAUGCCCUAUCCUCGACAAAGCAAGCAUGUUUUUCAGCUUUGCCACCCUAAACUCCGCGCUUAACCCGGUGAUCUACAUGCUGCGCAGCAAGGAGAUGAGACGGGAGUUCCUGCGCGUGCUGUGCUGCUGGGGGGUGCUGCAAAGCGGGCGACCUUCGGAGCGCUGCUGGGUCCCUCUGAAGAGCUCCAGCUCGUUGGAACACUGCACCAACAAAAACGAACAUCAGACCACGCCAUCGGCAUUAAUAUACUCCACGCCCAUCAUGAAGACUUGUAACACCUGUGUCUAGCAUGGUGCGUGCCCGGGUAUUUAAGCAUUUGAGAUCAAGCGGAGGGGCCGCCAGGAGCCGGACAGACGUCCGUCGGGACAAAAGCACUCGUUUCUUCCAUUGCAGUCAAAAUUGUGGGACUUUUCAAUCAGCGUUCCGUUGAUCCACGGUUCAGUUGUUAAACAUGUGAAAACAGAACAAUGUAUUAGUUUAGUGGGUGAAAAACAUUAAUGUGAAAAAAGCUUUCUUUUAGGUACUAUGGAGCAAACCACCGUCGUGUUUAUGCCUACUAUAUUUUAUUCUUUUUAUCUAAGCGUGUAAAACCCACAAUCAAAACCAAAAAAGCAAAAACACAACAUGUUUGACAUCUUAGGUUGUGUGGAUGUUUCUUCAGCUGUUUCAAUGCAAAGUUUGCAAAAUUGCACUUUGUACAUUUCUAUAGAGAAAGUUUUGUUUAACGUUUAACAACACCACUCUCACUUCCGGUGACUGGUGUGUACAUCAGGCCACUCAGGCAGUCAUUUGUAUUAAUGAGCACUCUACAGAAGCCAAAUUACAGAGCGGGCUAUGUAUUCCCCAUAUAACCUUGCUUGACACCAGUUAAAUUAAUCACAACAAAAGUGCAUAAUCCGCUUCAUUUAAUGCAUGAGAUCUAACGCAUUUGUAGCUCUAACGUGUUUGAUAUUUAUUCCAGCUCAAGCUUCUCGUACUAACGACUCUCCUCCUGUUUGGCUGUUCUGAUCCAUCUCUCUCACCGUCACUGUUGUCUUUAAUACCUAAAUAGUUCCCGUGGAGGGAGGCCGAAUCAGAAAAGUGAGUUGGCACUCAUGAAACUGACUCCGUCACACCCUCCAUCAAUGAGACCGAUGUCCACCAGUGUUGUAGCAGCAGUGUGCCAACUUCUGUUUAUGACUUCCUUUUGGGGGUAAAAAAAAAAAAGGCUGAAUGUAUGAAUGAAGUGUUUGGGACACACGCUCCCUAAUAGACAGUAUUACUGAUCACCAUUUUGAUUCACAACCAAGUCACUGACGAUCUGAGGGUGGGUAAAACGGGGUUGGACACCUCCACUGUGAACCUUUUACAGCAUCGAGAACAAGAAUUAAUCAUGACCAACCUAGUUCAUUUUGCUUGCCAGCAGCUUUUCCUACUAGAAGCGUAAACAAAUCUGAUCUUUCCAUAGGAGGCAUCUUCAAAGUAGAAGAAUCAGUUUCAAGUGCAUGGGGGGAGGGGGGGGGGGGGGGGGCUGCAAUCCUGGGACAACAGUGUCUUGGAUCGUUGACAUCCUUCAGCAUGUAACUUCCUUCUGGAAAUCCUGUUAUUUUAUUGUCCGGUUCCUGUUGUUCAGGGUUACACUAACGUUCUUCCUGUAGACAGUUAAAACUCCGUUAGUCUCGCAAUAUUGACUUUUACAUUUAGACAGCCAAGUAGAAAUGGUGAAAAAGCACUUUGGCAGCUUCAGUGAUGUUUGCUUCCCCAGCCGAUGUCUCCCCUUUGGGCGGAAAGGCGUUUCUGUAUCUGUGACUCCAUUAUGUGUCAGUGACUUUUUUUUAAUGACCAAGAUAUGAAAAAACGUGUUUGUACAGUAUGUAUUUGACGUUGUAUGAAUUGUACUGUGUGCAAUAGCUUUGUGUGUCUUGUAGCACGCUGCCUGUGUUAAAUUGGUACAAUCCUAAACACUAAUUGAGGUACAUAAACAUUUUGUUAACAGCAUUCCAUUUUUGUAAAAUAAAUUAAAUAUUGGGAAAAGA